AUGGCAGAAGACACUUCGGAUAUGGAGAAAAAACUACUUAUAGAAGAAGAACAACAUCAGAGUGACGAAGACCUGUCUACGAACGAACGAUUUAUGCAGUUGUUAUCCAAAAUGAAUGAUAAUAUUUGUGCACUAGGCGUAUCGCUAAAUAAACGAAAACAUGAGAGCUUUGUCUCUGAUCAACCAAGUACAAACACGGCAGUAUCUGCCAAAAAAGCUAAAAUUCGCUCACUGUCUGAGUCUGUAUCAGACAACGAAUCGGACAGUGAAGCAUUGCUGGGAGACGCGGAGCAGGGACGACAUCACAAUGCCAAUGAUGAGAACAACUCGAACGAGGACGAACAAUAA